CGUGACGUACGUGGCACUCUUCCUUCUCACCGUAGCCAAGUUAUGGCGGCACCGCAGCUUGUCCGGAGCAGAAGUGGAAGCGCGCCAGCCAUAGCCAUAACGGCCAACGACAGAUCUUCACGGAGGUCGUCGUUCAGCUCGAGUAGCGAAAGAUUCAUCAGCGGCAAUAACCGUUCAAAGUCAACAUCGUCAAGAUCGUCAAGAACAGCGCAAAGUAGCUCGGGUGCCACGUCACCAGGCAUGAUGAAGAAGGUGCCUUCUGCGUGGGCGAUGUCACCGGGAAGGUCAGCUCUUGGAUCCCAAUUUAUCGCAAAGGUGUCUGAGUCGCCGGCAAAAGCCAAUGGCGGCGGCGGCAGGCGAAGCGUGACCAGCAAGGUGUUGAAUUAUUUGAAGCAAAGAAAAUCUUCGCCAAUUGAAGAAGAAGGAUACCAUAGGUUUAAAAUUUUGCAUAACAGGCUUCUACAGUGGCGGUUUAUCAAUGCUAGAGCUCAAUUUGCCAUGGCUCGUAUCAAAACUGUAGCCGAGAUGCAACUCUUUUCUGUAUGGCUUCGAACUCUCCGAAUAAGAAAGGCGAUAAUACAAAAGAAAACUGAAUUACAAAAUGUCAAACACUUGAUCAAGCUUUAUCAAAUAGUGAUUCCGCAACUUCCCUUUCUUAAUGAAUGGGCAAAAUUGGAGAGAAGAAAUCAAGAAUCAGUUGAGAGAUUGGAGAGGAAGUUGGUAGCACUAUCCAAUACAUUGCCUUUGUCUAACUAUCUUAAGGUUGACACUGUGUCUGUCUCUGAAGUCUUGAACACUGCCAUUGACGUAAUGGACCACCUUGAACCAUUGAUCAUGAAAUUCCAAGCUCAGGUUGAACGGAUUCUUUAUCAAGUUACGGAACUAAUUACAACAUCAAAACAGGAAGAAGAGUACUUACAGGAUCUUAUGGAGGUAGUUCCAAUGAUUACUACUUUAAUGGAGAAGGAGAAAAGCAUUCAAGUGUAUCUUAUGCAAAAAAUGAUGGAGCCCAAUAUUGGCAUUUGGAAAAAUUUAAAAAUCAUGUAAACUUGAUACAUCAAGGUUUCAUUCACUAGGCUAUCAUUUUGCCUUUUUGCAUGUAAUCUUUUACGAG